CAUCUUGAGACGGGCUGGUUGUUCAUUGUUCCAUCCUCUAUUUUUUUUUUAUUUUAAAAAAAAAUCAAAAUAUAUUAAUACGCAGAGACAAGAGUGUUAAGCUCUGCCUUUGAGCACCCCAUUCACUUUCUUCAGUUCUACCCCGACACGUGGACAGGCAACCAUUCCACAUCACCCUCACCAUUACAUCAGUAUCACAACACCCCCAAACAACACAUUUCAAUAUGUCUGCCCGUCGCAAUGUCGAAAAAUUCCCAGUCAAGGAUAAUGUCGCUUCAUCAAAGUCCGAGAAGUCCUCUGACUCGGACGUGACCCCUGCAGUUCCCACAAAUGUUAUCAUGAAACUCCUGGGUUUCUCCGCCGCUAUGGUAGUGGCGCCUAUUGGCAUCUACUUCGUCACAGUCGACUACGUCGGAGGAAGUGCAACCGUUGGUGGUAUUGUUGCCGCCAUCAUGGCCAACAUCGUCCUCUUCACUUACAUCUAUGUCGCUUGGAAAGACGACCAAGCUGAGAGAGAGGCCGAUGCUAAGCAUAAAGAGAAGAAGGCGCAGUAGCGCGUAUCUCGAAUAUGAUUUGGUCUUGUUGUCACUAUCAUUCAAUACCAGGUGUUUAAAGCUAUGGCGUUCGAGGGCAGCUGCGUGUAUGCUAUGUAUUUUUCAUGUGUCUAUGGGUGAUUGCUCCGAAAAACCAAUCUGCAAGUCCUAGUUCGACCGAGAUUAGUUUUGAUGUUCAGAAGCAUACUUUGGUUCGAUCAUAAUAGGCGCAAAUACGCUGCUACGCUAGUAGGCUGCUCAUCCUGUGGACCAGGCACAGUGGGUG